UUUUACUUUUUGCUGUUGAAAUUAUUUCGGACACAACAAACAAACCAUCAACAACCUUAACCAAACAACCGCAAACAAUGACCGCAAUUAAGAAGACAAAAAAAAUGACCGAAUUUCAUUUGAAUCGUUAUCAAUCACCAUUAUCGAUGCGUUAUGCAUCCGAUGAAAUGAAUUAUAAUUUUAGUGAUAUGAAAAAAUUUUCAACAUGGCGUCGUUUAUGGAUCAUAUUGGCUAAAGCUGAAAAAGAAUUAGGUAUCGAUAUUACUGAUGAACAAAUACAAGAAAUGGAAAACAAUCAUGAUAAUAUUGAUUUUGAAAUGGCAUUUGAAGAAGAGAAAAAAACACGACAUGAUGUUAUGGCACAUGUUAUUGAAUUUGGCCAGAAAUGUCCAUCAGCAGCAAAAAUUGUACAUUUAGGUGCUACAAGUUGUUUUGUUGGUGAUAAUACCGAUCUAAUUUGUAUUCGUGAUGGUUUCGAUAUUCUUUUACCAAAAGUUGCCCGUUGUAUUAGUCGUGUAUCCAAAUUUGCCGAACAAUAUUAUUAUCUACCGACACUUGGUUUUACACAUUUUCAACCAGCACAAAUGGUUACCGUUGGUAAACGUGCAUGUCUUUGGCUUCAGGAUCUAUUAAUUUCAUUACGUAAUAUGGAACGUGCCAAAGAUAAUUUAGCUUUUCGUGGUUGUAAAGGUACAACCGGUACACAAGCAUCGUUUAUGCAAUUAUUUAAUGGUGAUGAAGAUAAAGUAAAAAAAUUGGAUCAACGUGUAACCGAAAUGGCUGGAUUUCGUCGUUCAUAUCCGGUUACCGGACAAACAUAUAGCCGUUUAGUUGAUGCCGAAGUUUUAAUGUCACUUUCAUUAUUAGGUUCAGCUAUACAUAAAAUCUGUACCGAUAUACGUUUAUUAGCAAAUCGUAAAGAAAUUGAAGAACCAUUUGAAAAUACACAAAUUGGAUCAUCAGCUAUGCCUUAUAAACGUAAUCCAAUGCGUAGUGAACGUUGUUGUUCAUUGGCCAGACAUUUAAUUACAUUAUCGGCUGAUGCAUUCAAUACAGCAUCCGUACAAUGGCUUGAACGUACAUUGGAUGAUAGUGCUAAUCGUAGAAUUUCAUUAGCUGAAGCAUUUCUUACUGCCGAUAUUAUUUUGAAUACAAUGCAAAAUAUAUUCGAAGGUACUGUUGUUUAUCCAGCUGUCAUCAAUAAACAUAUCAAUGAAGAGCUUCCAUUUAUGGCAACCGAAAAUAUAAUCGUAGCUAUGGUUAAAAAAGGUGGUAAUCGUCAAGAAUGUCAUGAAAAAAUUCGUGUCCUAUCACAUCAGGCAGCCGAACAAGUAAAACGUUUAGGAUUACCAAAUGAUCUGAUCGAACGUGUUCGUAAAGAUACAUAUUUUAAUCCAAUACAUGCUGAAUUGGAUAAAUUAUUGGAUCCAAAAACAUUUAUUGGUCGUGCACCGAAUCAAGUUUUGGAAUUUAUUCGUGAUGAAGUUCAACCAGUUCUUAAUCAAUAUAAAUCAUAUCUUGAUUCGAAAGCUAUUGUUAAUGUCUAAAAUGAUAAUUUCAAUUUUAAAAAAAAAUCAUGCUUUUAAAAAAUGGUAAAAUAAUUUAUU